AUGGAUUUUAUGGCAUUUCGUGCGAUCUUUAGCGAGAGACAGGUUCGUUUUUGCCUAUAUAAAUUUCAUUCCAUGCAUGUUUACUGAUUUCGUGAGUUACUUGCCAGUGAUUUUGUACUUGUUCAUUAGGUUGUGCUAAGCGAUCUUAUAAUUCCUUUCGCAUUGCCGAAUAUACCACUAAAAAAACUUGUGGUCGUUUUUUUUCGUGCAUGCUGGGCGGCCUUGUUCUGGACUGAUUGCUCCGGUCGACCGGAGUGUAAUAUCCCUGAAAUACGAGUUAAUGCGACUCGAUCUUUUCUAACCGGCAUAACUUACACGUCUCUUAAGUGGCUCUGACAGUUUAGAAGACGCCCCUCUAACAGCACCACCCCUGUACACUGCUGGCACAUGUUGUCUUUUAGUGCUACUUACACGCUACUUAAGUUGCCAGUUUGUUGGUGUGUGACUGCGCCACGCCGAAGAGCUCACGGUUGGAAGACCGUUUUCAGAAGCCCGGACUCUUGGUUACAUUACCAGACAUUGCACCAAUGAGGUAUCAUGUAGAGUGUUCGCGUAUCUGGGUCGAGUCUCAUCGACGCCAGUGUCGAUCGCUUUUUAAAAAUGCACCUGCAGUUGGGUUGGGUGUCAUGCCGCGUCCACUUUCCUACUAACGAGCUCGGACGUAAAAGGUGAAGUGGGACAAACUUGCGGGUUGGCUUACGUCUGAUAUGCGGUAAGCUGGAAACCAUAGCACAUUACCAAGGUCAAAGUAAGCCAUUGUGCUCCAAAUCUGAGCUCAGAACCGCGUAACCGUGCUUCUUCGCUCCAUUCGGCAACUAAGCUCAGACGAGAGGUUUAGUGAGCUCUAACUACCCACUACAGCAGAGAGCACUAUGCUUAACUUUUAGAGACAGUACAAAAAAUAGACUAGUCGAUGUAAGAUAUAAGUUACAUUUCGAACGUAGCCAUAUGCACGAACUUGUAAGGGCACCACGACAGGCCGUUUAAGCCGUGAGUAAACAAGGCUACCGGAUGAAUUACUUUGUGUUUGGUCAGACUAAUGGUGAGAAAUCUAAGGAAGUGGUCUUUUUUACAUGUGGUUUAUUUACGAACCGUCUGAAUCCUUAGUGUGAGACGAUGCUGUCAACAAUGGUAUAAAUUAGCAAAGUUAGGGAGCAUUCAACCCAUUAGUCUGCUGUCCAGGUUACUCGCAUUCUGGAAAACUGCGCACAUGAACUUAGUGCUUCGCACGCAUCGUUUUUCUGCUAUAUUUUAACUAUGCAAAGAGUACUCUGUAUACUUUAAUAUUUUCACGCAUGCUUCGCGUCUUCGUCACUUUUCCGAAGUUUAUAAGUCGUCCCUUUUUUAACCCCUUUCGUUUUCCGUUCUCCAUAAAUCUGUAUUCUGGUUUUCGGUUCUUAACCUUUCGUGUAGUGGAAUUGAUAAAGUACAUGACGCACCGUUUUUUGCAGACGCCGGUUGCGCUCCAUUUAGGUUCCCUGUCCCUACUCACCGCGCUCCAGAUGUGUACUGGGCGUCUCAUUCCUGCUGAUUUUAGCGGUCAAACUACGAGAUAUUCGGAAGUUUAGUUUCUGGACAAAUCCUUCGUCUUAUGCUCUGACUGUUUGAUGGGCCUAACUCCUCAUGGGUCAGACAUUGAAAAACCCUUUGGUUUUUACAUGAACAUUCUCCAAGGGUUAUCUAUUCACAGAGUCACUUCACUCCAAUUUCCCGCCAGCGACUAUAUUUCUCCCCCAUUUCUUAAGGGGUCCUUUCUGUUUAUUUAUUUUCUCAUUCGCUACGUUAUUUUCCACUGUAGCAGUAGAUGGUAUGACAAGUUAAACGCAAGGCGACGUCUUUGUGUACUCUUUUACUUCAUCCCCAUUGACACUGUUAUAAUUAGUAAAUCUGGUGUUUCUACCUGGAGUGACAGUUUGACUGUCGUUUCCGACGAUGGCCACCCUGUGCUCCACAACAGGGUGGGAGUAAAGACGGCGACUUACACGAAAAUUUGUCUAUAAUGAUAGUAGACAUGCGCAGCAUUUACUGCACUAUCCCCUCCUCCCCAACCCAGACCCGGUAUCAUUACAACGUCAAGAAGAUCGGAUCUGGGAGGGGCGCAGGUGGUUGGCGCGGCGAAAACCUGUACUUUAGAGCAAGUCAGCACAUCGAAUCGAAUCCCAUGUGAGUAGUAGUGCCAUACAUACCACAUUGAGGAGCCAUUGCAGCCUAACCCUUAGUCCACCACUCGGCCACUCUUCGCACAAAUACCGAGUUGACUUCGUGGUCUCAAUUAAAGCGCUAGUUGACAGCCUUAUAAGCCGUGGGGGUGACGGGGUCGUCGUCCUGGACGGCGUGGGGGUUGGUGCAAGGGUGACUAUGGAGGCGGCUGUGGAGCCAGUAGUUGGGGUUGUUGGGUUCUUGUUGCACUAAACUCUGAGAUGUCUGACGGGGCCAUUCCGAGCGCACAAAGUUCGUUGGCAGCGUAGGCAUGUUGGGAGAUGUUUGACGUUGGCGUUGUAGAUCGAGGGCGCUUAAGACCUGCGAGCCGCUCUGUAGGCUUUGCCAGCGGUGACCCAACUGGCUUCAUAGGAUGCUGCUCCAGUCUUCACUGUUCUUUUCAAGACCGAUGAGUCCUUUGCGAGGCCUUCUUCUGUGUUCGGGUUGAUUUGUAAACACUCCAAAGAGCUUUUUAGGGUGUCAAUGUAGCGACGUGUUUUACUUCCUUGUCGGCGAUUACCCGUAACGACAUCCCCGUAGAAACAUUGUUUGUGUAGUUUGUCACCGUUCAUCACCACGAGUUGGACGCUCCAUCGCAGUUGCAGUUAUCUGUUCCAACAGUUUCGGGGGGAGGGGGUGCCAAGUGCUGCGACUAAAAUAGCUACCGCUGUGAACCAGAGGGACAAAAACUUGCUUUGCAAGACGACCAUGUUCGAAUUGAGCUAAAUAUUUUUUUCAAAAAAGGGGAUUUGUAAAUUGUUUGAGAUCUGUAUAGGCGAAGACCUGGCCUCGCGUAAGACGAGAAAUCGAAAAGAACCCAAAUACCCAGUAGUUCUUACGCAUGUUUGAGGGGGAUCAUAAUUGCCCGGAUGGCACUGAUGACUAAGGAAGGAAGGAAGGAAGACUUAAGCGGCGUCGACUCAUUUAGGUCCAACUCCCGGUUAUGAUCAGCAUAGGUGAGGUUGCGAGGCAGACAUUUUGUCGUUGUACGCGUGCCACACCUGUUUUGAUUCCAGGCCCAUCUGUCGCUUAAUGGGUCUUACCUACCGAUGUCACUCCUUUUGGGACGAAGAUCGUUUGUAAAAGAGUGCAUUAGAAGCAACCCACGGGAAAUACACGUACGUUUUAGUGAGUUUCUAUCAGGCCGAUAAGACUGUAUGAGUUUGCAUGGUUUGCCACCUUAUCUGAUAAAGUGGUGUUAGGAGGUCGAGUUCAAGCGGACUAAAUAUCAGCGAGGGUGCAGUUACCAACUGAACGUGUAAAUUGAUAAAAAUGUAAUUGGCAUCGCCGGGUGUGCUUUAUUGGAUAGAAUGGUACCAUAAGACUGAAAUACUGGCAGGUACAGUUGAUAUACUAUUUCAUGAAAUGUUGACUGACAUUCUGGAAUGUGUUUCCAACUCCAAUAUUACUAAAGUAAGGUUAUAAUAUUGGCAUGCCGCAUAAUGUUAAGAUAUUCCAGUCACUUCAAGAUGCAGGCUAUCGAAUGAGCUUCUUACCGACCGCUUUAAUAAAAUAUAUUCCGUGCAAAUGACUACUUAAGUAACAGGAGUUUACCCCAGUCAUUUUGAUACCCUUAUAAAAUUUAUAUAUAUUUCGCAGAAAACGUGCACAAAAAUAUCCUUUCUUUGACUCACUGGGUGGCAAAUAACGUCUUCUUCGAGUUUUCCGCCCGAGGAGUAACCACCCUUCGGUUUUCGAAAACUACCUCAAUGGUCGAAUAAUUGUGAACCCGACCUCUUAUCGCACUUGCAUCCAGGACUUCCAAACUACAAGCUGUAUAUCUUUCCUGUAAGGAAAAUUAUACAUUAUAUGCUAUUACGAAGAGGCACACGAAAUUUUGUAGCGGGUGUGGACCACGUUGUCUGGUAUAUAAACUGCAUUAGUUAAUGUGCUCUUUCAGUGCUGUAUAAUUGGACAUUUCACGGUCUCGAAAAAUCUCAUGAUUGGAAGCUUUUUAUGAACGGGAAGUUACUCUUUCUUUAAGUACAAAAUUCGAAGACAUUUUUUUCUACCAAAAGCUAAAAGAAAACAUUUUUAUGCGUGUUUUCUACGAAGUAUAUCCGAUUUUAUAGGAGCAUCGUAAAUCGAUGGGAAAAUUGUUAUAUCCCCGAGUAGUAUGGCCCCAGUUCCGUGUGGAAUAGAAGACAACUAGGAAAGCUUUACUGUGUCAGUCACCCUAUGAACAUAAACUCCAAAUCCUUCUGUCCAUGCCUUCGUAUUUAAGGAUUCGGCUUUUGUCUGGUUUGCGUGUUCCUACUGGUCCAGCCCUGAGCGCCCGCAUGGUCAGAUCUUCGCCUGAAAGUCGCGCGUCACUCUGCAGCGUGCUAAUGUCUAACUCGCACACGGGCUUGCUAGGCGAGCCUGCCCCGCUUGUUUGCGGCUCUUUGUCAGGCAUGACCUCCGGACGACAGGAACGAUGCGUCAUGUUCUGGGCCGUCCUAACAAAAGUUCAUAUUACUCAAGUAGUCGCUUUUUAUAGGAUUUAAUUUACGCAGGUAGUCGGUAAGGAACUCAUUCGAAAGCCGGCACCCUGCCGUGACUUGAAUAUCUUGGUGUUAUGCGACACGCUAAUUAAUAUUACAAUCCUACUUAAGUAAUCCCUUCGAAUUGAAAACGUGUUUCAGAAUUUCGGCUAAUAUUUCAUGAAGCAGCGUAUCAACUGUAUAAAAAAGGCUCUCUCGUUUACUCACGUUUGUUUACAGAUUGGCUGGAUGUGGCAUAUUUACUCAAAUUUUGAUCACCACUUACUUGGUGUGUGGGUAACGAUAGGUUGUAGGACCCCCAAGUAGAGGACAACUCCAAAUAUAUACCCUAAAAUUCAGUGUGACUGUAAACAUCACUUAUUAUUCACUGUCCUGACUAAAUGUAAACUUACCAGCGGCGCUUUAUUCAGUGUCCGUUAUUUUUCGCAGAGUGCUCUUCGUUAUUUUCGAAUUCUCGUGCUCACUUUCUUUGCCAAAUGACAGCGUGCGAUAAGACUUUUGACAGAAAUUUAUCUAUUUUCUGUGUCGUCUUGCUUUCCGUUCUGCUUGUUGCCCCACCCGUAAAACCCAUUCUACCACCAUUCAACGUAUGACACGAUCCACAGGCCAAAAUAUCUAUGAAUUACGUGAGCCUAGUAGUCAUCUGGUGGAUUCUAGGUGAUUUACUUGGGAAAUCCUGCUUGGGCAGUCAACUUAAUGUGUCAGAUUUGGUGGAUUCCAGACGUUGCAGUUGGUUGGGCGGGUAACUUGACCCAAAUAUGAUUAAAAUCGCGUCGUCCGGCGGGGCCUCGUAGUUCAAGUGGUUAGAGCGUUGGCUGUACUAAAGCCUUCCCCUUACUGCGUGGGUUCGAAUCCCACCGAGGCGCCAAGUUUUUCACAGUUGGGUCAAUAUGAAUUAGCUCAAGUUAGUUGGGGAUCCUACAUCCUAUUCUUGCCGGUGUGUGUCAGACUGUAUGAACUUUCCUGGAGGUUUCGUGUCCUUUAAAAGCUUUAAACGGUACUUACAGUAAGUUGGUAGUGGGUCUGUUGAUGUUGCACACCAGACACACCAACACCUGUAAGUUCAGUAUCCUGUUGUACGCCUGAUGUCAUCGAAUCUUUUUAUGCAUUACAGUCAUCUGCUCGCUUGCUGGAUCUGAUCCCACCACAAAAGGCCGCCGAGUUGUUGCCGAUCCUAAAGGUCCACUUUCCAGAAUUCCUCCAAUUUGAAAGCCCAGAAAAUCUCUUCCCCCUCGAAGUGGAGACGGACUCUGAGGUGACACCAAAUUCCGGCCUUACCUUUCUAGCACCGACCCUACAUCUCCUGUGCGUUCAAUCGCUUCAAUGGAUCCUCCAGAUCGCCCUGGUCGAACUUGUACUUCCCCUCCCUCGAUGGCGAGGUCCCCUUACCCAGUGACAACUUGCGAAACCUAGAAGUUUUUGCCAAUGCUGCUCUGGCGCACUACGUGAAAUUGUGGGCACUUCAGUCCUUCCUGACUCACGUCUUUACAACUUUAGAUACUACCCCUCUGCUUUGCUAUCGGUCUACUGCCUGGCCAGGAAACAUGGUUUCAUGGCGUGCGUGCUCAUCAAAUCGCCGUCUGUGGAAAUAGCCCAUUGCAUUUUUAUUACAGUACGUAGUUUAUUAUUGUUUUACUCCUUCCAGAUGCCUAUCCCUUCUCGCAAACAUUAGUGGAGAUUAUUAGGUCAUCCUCUCCUCCGAGCAUCAGGCUGAAAUAUCCCCCUUUUAAUGUGUGAUCUUCUGAUAAAUCACAACUUUGCGAGAUCCCUUUUUAUUACGUCUGGCAUAUACGGCUUAAUGAGCCAGCUCACGGUUAGACGUGAUUACUGCCUGAUCAGUCAGUGUGUAUAUGCGCAUCCCCAGUCGCCCUGCCUUUUUCUUAGCCACUUAAGUACGAUGGCUGGGACACACACGCACGCGAGAGAGUCGGGCUGAUGCCGCUCGAGUCGUCUGUAGGCAAAACAUUCCGCAUCAUCGACUACUCAUUUUCUCCGGGACAUUCCUUCACCGUCCUGGCAACCGUAUUUCAUCCACACACACAUGUUUCGUUUUGUCCGCUCUGAGAAUUUACGUAUACUUUUGUAACCUCUUAGUCCUGCUGACUUUGGUUUGUCCCAGCUUUAAACAUGACCUGCGAAAGAUGCUGGUGGUGGUAGUGGUCUAAUAUUUUGGAAUUUUAACGUGUCAUCAUCAAUCGGUUUUAUUUUCUCCCCCCAAUUACAGGAGAAACCUGUUCUACGUCAGGCGGACUACUUACAAUCAGCGGCCUACCUCGUGCAUUUUAACAAAGACGACUUCCCUCAGGGCAACGACAGUGAGCAUUUAUCCUUGGGUUUCUUCCAUAAACAAGAACAUCAGGAAGAAGCACAGCUGUCCUCCAACGUCACUGAAUCGCACGUCGCAAACAUCGGACGCAUGAUUGAGGUAUUUCUUCGCUCCAUGUAGUUUGAACUUGCCGUUAUUAUUUAACAACAUUGUUCCUUCGCGGGUCAACCGGGUACUCCACAGGCCACAGUCUCUGCUUUCGUGUCUGUAGUUUUAAGACCACACAGUCUUUACAUGUAGCACCGUUGUUUAUCGCAGUUUACAAGUUCUUUUCAGACUACUUUGGUUUGAUUUAAAGCAAUUUUUUGGUGCCAACACCUAAACAGUCUUGGGAGCCGACUACCUCAACAAAACAUCCCCUGCAAUAUGGUGGAUGGCGCGGCCGAGCCCGCACCUUGGCGUUCCACUCCACCCCCUGGUCCACACAACAAAUGUCCAGAAUUUUAACCAACAACAACAACACCACAGCGGGUCAGAAGUAGGAGGAUGACCGGGCAGCCAUGCUCACAACCAGUAUAUCCAGUAGGAGCGCAAGCACAUCUACCAGCAGGGAGCCAGAUGUCAGAGAACUGCCAGUGCAUACCAGGCUGCGAGGGCCAUGACUUGCUGAUCCUGGCAUAGCGAGCGCUUACAGACCUUUAUUAUGUUAGGCCGAAAACACAUUUUUAAAUUUCAACUUGCAUUUCUUGAAACUGCCACCUGGUGUUCGCCUGUGGGUCUAAGUGAAUAACCUUUUGUUUACAGAAGGUUAAUAACUACGACAGGCAUUUAGCAUAGUUCGUAAUUUUGACAGUUAAGGCAUUUCCAGUUUAGCACAACUGACUGCGACAGCCGAGGUAAAACAUCCCGCGCGCAUUCGUGGGUUGGCCGUUUGAUCUCCCUCUCGCGGCAGACUUUUUUCUUAAGCUUUUAUAUUUCUAAUUUCUCAUGGUUCGCCAUGGAAUGUUCCAAUUCUUAAAUUUACCGGUUAUAUCAAGUGCCUAUGAUCACUGAUUGGGCUACGAGACCUGUUCGUCUCGGCUUUUGGAUGUACUCCUUUUUGGCCUCCUGCAGAAACCACAUUUGGUAAAAAAUGACUACUUAAGGAGCAUGCGUUUUUCCUAUUGAUUUUCGAUCGUCUUAUAAAUUCAAAUAUAUUUUAUAGAAAACAUGCACAGAAAUAUGCAUUCUUUUACUCCUUUAGUAGAAAAUAACAUUGUCUUCAUAUUAUAUAUCAGAAGGAAGUGUAUCUUUAUGUUUUAAAAAGUUUUUAAUUAUGAGAUUGUUAAGACCGUGCGAUGUCCAUUCAUACAGGGCCGCACAUGUUCGUUUACCAAUGCUCCUCAUGGAAUGUACAACACAGUUCGGACCCAUCGAAAAGUUUCAUGAACUCCAUGUGGUAUCUUCUUAAAGGCAUAGAGGAAUUUAUGAUUUCCCUUACGCGGAAAGCAUGCACCUUGUGGACUGAAAUCGCCAAACGCUAAUGCAAUGGCAGAUCAGGCUCACAGUUAUUCGGGAAUUGGAAAACUUUUUAAAAACCUAAAUGUACACUUUCUUUGGGUAUAAAAUAUAAAGACAGUGUGAUUUUCUACUAAAGGAGUAAAAGAAUGCAUAUUUAUUGCAUGUUUUCUGUAAAAUAUAUUUGAAUUCAUAAGACCAUCGAAAAUCAAUAGGAGAAUGCCUGCUACUUAAAUAAUCACUUUUUACCAAGUGUGGUUUCUGCAGGAGGCCAAAGAGGAGUACAUCCAAAAACCGACAUCCUGGUGAGUCCGAAAUACUAUAGGAUCAUGCUGCACACGAAUCAACAGUACAACCCCACCUACAUAAUCCUUCCUAAUCGAAAACGCAUUUCAGAAUUUCGGCUAAUAUUUCAUGAGAUCGGUCACGCACUGUAUGUCGGAAGGGCGUUCACCGAUGGGGUUACGUGACAUGCUCUUCUCGUUUUGCUUUGGGACUCGAUCUAAUGCCCCGCAGGCAGUCGCAUAGCAGUGACGACUAAUAAGGUAGAAGUAGUCAUUCCAGUCUCCCUUGUCUUUUUCGACAAUCUCGCCAUCUCGAGUGCCCUCGAUCAGUUUGGGAGAAAAAGAGGCUCUGCCGCAUGCUCAUUUUGCUUUUUUCUGUCCUAGCAUUUGCGAUCGCAGGAUGAAAUGCGUACGUUUCGUCUUGCCCUGAACGUGUGACGUAUAUCAGCAGGCAAUCAACCAUUGCGAAGCAUUACAGACAAAGACUAGUGUGACCAUAUAAUGGCCAUUUUUUGCUUAUUUGUCGUCACACUGGCUCUAGACUAGGGGGAGAGGCGCUGGGGUUUGCAUUCGGAUAUCUUAUUCAACUGAAUCAGCCACUGCUCCCCAUUAGUUGUGUUGUUUCCCUUCAGCUGAUGGACGCGUCUGUCUUUGCAAAGAUUCGAACCGUCUACCCAGCCCACAUUCAUCUCCUGAUAGAUGAUCUGCGGCUUUCUCAGACGGCCGCGGAGAUCAAGGACAAUCGAGAGAACUCCUUUAGCCUCAAUCUGGCUGAGGCUCUGGCAAAUGCAACAAUCAAAAUCGACAGCUAG